GAAAACAUCAUAUCUCCCAUCUGAUUUGAAUGCCCUCGAUCGGGCUUCGGGCACCAGCUGCCUGGCUGUCAAUUGCCUGAUGAAUGCGAGUGUUUGGAAUUGAGGAACAGAUAUGGGGAAACAGCGGCCCCUAGCGGUGCGCGGUCAAAACGCGAUUAAAAACCUGGUAAGAACGCCCGGCGUUGUGGAAGGACCAUCAAUACUGCUCACAUGAGAAUCAAUCUGACAUUUUUAUCAGAGACAGGGACAGUGCUUAUGAUCCCUUAAGAAUUGCAGAAGAUUGUGGGCACAUCCUAAUUAUGUUAAUAGCAAGUCUAUUAAAAAUGUGAUAUGAAUUAUAUUAGGAAUCCUCAAUAUCAGAGGGGGUUAUACAGCACAAGGGAGGCUGUCAGCUUGUGGGUCUGAGGAGCUGUCACAGAGAGAGAGAGAGAGAGAGAGAGAGAGAGAGAGAGAGGUGGGGAGAGCGAGCGAGCGAGAGAGGUUAGGAGCGCAGGAGAACGCUUCUCUUCUCCAGAUGGUGUUUUAAACGCAGACAGAAGGGUCAUUAGACAACACACCAGCUUCCAACCACUGACAACAACAAAAAUAUACCAAAACCGCGAGAUGGUGCAGAGCGAAACAGCGCAGAAUGUGUAGCAUCAGUUAGCUGGGACACGAAUGAAGUUUUUAAUGGACCGUUUUUUCGCGUUCAGUGCGGAGGGAGUUCGCGACGAGCAGUUGGAGGAUUAACGGGAAGAUCUCCGAAACACUCCCUAUCUGAAUCAUUUCUGUAGACGAGGACUUUCAGGAUUUACAAGAGACAAUAUUCACUUGGAAACAUGGAGCAUCAGUGGCAAUAUUAAAAAACACGGGAUCACGGACAUCUACUGUGGAAUACGAUAUAAAAACCACCAAGAACGCGAGAUCUGAGUUGGAGGACUUUGCGAUUUUUUUGUGAUUUCAGAAAUCGAAGCGAACUUUUUUCGCCCUGUGCAUUUUUACUAAGAAAUUUGUUAACACGUUUCAAGAUUUCGACAUUUUAAAGGAACGGAAUACCAAAGUCUCACUACUUUAAUACUAAAGCUCCGUUGUGUUCUAGCUUUUUUUUAUGAUAUAUUUUCGAUUUCUUGAAAUUGAAUUACCUCAUUAUUUAUUACUAUAACGAAAAGUCAACAUCGCGUGCAAUCCAAAGGAGUUCAGAACUCUCUCUCUCUCAGACACUGUUUGAUAAUACGGCAUAUAGGCUAUAGCCUACACUUUUUAUUCAUUUUGGAAAGUUCACACCUUUUUCAGUGAUAAUCGAGGCGUAAUAAUCUCCGUUUAUUUCUGUUUUUAUUUUUCGCGUGGAUUAUUUUUGCUGCAAAUACCUCAGUUUGACUUCGACCUUCAAAAGUAGCACAGGACAUAAGGCUGGAACGAUGCCAGAUUCACCCGCUGAUGUCAAAACCCAGCCCAGGUCAACUCCUCCCACAAUGCCACCUCCACCCCCAGCUGUCAGCCAGGCAGCCAAUCGCAACGCAUCAUUUACACCCACAACAAUGCUGAACGGGAGCAGUCACUCCCCCACGGCACUAAACGGAGCUCCCUCAACCCCCAACGGCUUCAGCAAUGGACCGGCCACCUCCUCUACUGCUUCUCUCCCCACCCAGCAGCUUCCCCCUGCCUGCGGAGCCCGACAACUCUGUAAGCUUAAGCGUUUCCUCACCACACUGCAGCAGUUUGGCAAUGACAUCUCGCCCGAGAUUGGAGAGCGUGUACGCAGCCUGGUGCUGGGGCUAGUGAACUCAACUCUAACCAUUGAAGAGUUCCACUCAAAACUUCAGGAAGCCACAAACUUUCCCUUGCGUCCCUUUGUCAUUCCAUUUCUCAAGGCUAACUUGCCCCUCCUGCAGAGGGAGCUGCUUCACUGUGCUCGGAUGGCUAAGCAGACCCCAGCCCAGUAUCUGGCCCAGCACGAACAGCUGCUGUUGGAUGCCAACGCCAGCUCUCCCCUGGACUCCUCCGAGAUCAUGCUGGAACUUAAUGAGCAUGGGAAGAGACGUACCCCGGACAGGACCAAAGAGAUUGCAGGGGACAGGGAUGGCUUGCACCCAGAGCACCUGGCCAAACGUCCAUGCACAGUGAGCCCCAGUCAGCGCUUCAGCCCAAGCAGUGGUUUACCUGCUCACCCUCCCCCCAACGGCAUACCAACGCACCCACCCAAUGGCCUUCCACAUCCUAAUCCUCCUGCCCCACAGCACUACCGCUUGGAAGACAUGGCACUUGCCCACCACUACAGAGAUGCUUACAGACACGCAGAGCACAGGGACGUCCGGGAUCGUCACCGGCAGACAGCCGUGCAUGGAACACGUCAAGAGGAAGUGAUUGAUCAUCGGCUGACAGACCGCGAGUGGGCUGAGGAAUGGAAGCACCUCGAUAACUUGCUGAACUGUAUCAUGGAUAUGGUGGAGAAGACGCGGCGUUCCCUCACCGUGCUGCGACGCUGCCAGGAGGCGGACCGUGAGGAGAUGAAUCACUGGAUCCGUCGUUAUAGUGAUGUGGAGGAUAUGAAAAAAGGUGGGAGCUCCACCCAGCGGCCUCCUCCUCUUCCUCCCCACCACAACUCUUCCUCCUCCAACACUCCUAACAGCAGCGACACACAACCGCUAGAAAUCCACAGAGACUUCCUGCACAGGCCCCCGUCAGGCUACCUACCCGAGGAGAUCUGGCGGAAGGCUGGUGCUACAAGUAUCCCACUCUCGCCAGCAUUAAAGCAACUUCAGAACAAGCAGGAGGAGGCAGUAAAUGAAGUGAAAAGGCAGGCCAUGUCAGAGCUGCAGAAGGCGGUGUCGGAUGCUGAGAGGAAAGCUCACGAGAUGAUCUCUGCUGAGCGCUCCAAGAUGGAGAGAGCUCUGGCCGAGGCUAAGAGACAGGCCUCUGAGGAUGCGCUGACUGUCAUUAACCAGCAGGAGGACUCCAGUGAAAGCUGCUGGAACUGUGGUCGCAAAGCUAGCGAGACGUGCAGCGGAUGCAACACUGCGCGCUACUGUGGCUCUUUCUGUCAGCACAAGGACUGGGAGAAGCACCAUCACGUAUGCGGCCAGGGCCUGCCUGGGAGUAGCAGCAUGCCACUCGGGACACCAUCUACCACCUCCAUCUCCUCCUCGUCCAGUGUGCCCCCAACACACUCCGAGAGCACCCCUCCAGGCCCCUUGUCCCUGGCGGGGCAAACCAGCAGCAGUGGCAGUCCCAAGGAAGCGAGCUCCAGCAGCGUUUCUCGCUCAACUACUCCAGCAACACCCGCCCUGAUGGAUUCCUCGUCCCGCUGACUGAUGAACCCCAAAUCUUAACCCAUGCCCAGCCACGUCUACUGCUGCUACAGCAUCCUUCAUCCAAAACAAGCUGAGGAACCUUCACCAUACUUAACAUCCUCUCAAAAUGAACUACGGCAACCUGGCUUCCACAUCUACAUUAAGAUCUAGUUUUCUCAAUUUCCAAAAAAACCCAUCAAGGCUCAGAUUCCUUCACAAAAGGAUGUACUGUGUUUAAUGCAGCAUGAGCAGGGUCUGUUAUACUGGAUGCCACAGCCAGGAAAGCCAGGAAAACACGUAUAGUUACACAUUACAUGUUUUAUUCAUGUAUAAGACAAUUUUAGGCAUGGCCUCAGUUACCUACACCCUUUAAGUGAGGUGUGCUCUGUGUAAAUUGGGGUGGCACCAUACUCUGAACAUGUCUUGACCCAGGUAGGACUAAAUAUACAGUAUGUAGGAUGGAUUCCUCUAAAAUGACCGACAGCCGCCACUGCGGGAUGUCAGUAAUGUACAAGAGCACUCGGAAAAUCUUCCACUUCAGAGCUACUUCCUCACAACACGACACACUGCAUUUCAUUUUUUGGCUUUAAUUAAAACAAAAGAAAAGUCCAAAAAUUCAAAAGAAUAAUGAUGAUGAUUAAUAAGAAGAAUAAAACCUGUUAACUACCUUGCUAGCGAGCCAAGAAAAUCUACACCAGACUCACCUCUCUGUACUGACGUGAACCCAAAUGAAUUUUAAGUAAAAAAAAAAAAAAAAAAAGAACAUGAUCCAAACCUUUUUACUACACUGCCAAAGUUACUAAGAAGCACUCAUCUUGUAACCAAACGCAAACAACUUCACCUCCUCAGCAGUAAAGCCAGGCCAGAGUUCCACAGGCUGUGGUCUGUGGAGAGGUGGCAUAGUGACUAGACACUUAAACCUUCACUGUGCCCACUGUGCUGCCCACUCAGAUCCUGAGGAACGCAGACCUUAGCACGGAUCCAUGGCAAUGGCAAUGAAGGGUCACACCUGGGAUGUUUAAAACACGUCACCCGGUCCGCCGCAGAGAGAAAUGACAUGAAAACAAAAGAGAAGGCAAAGAUGAGUAAACGAAAAGAGACAGGUUGGCCUCAAAAGAAAAGAUGAACGGCAACGGAACUGCCAAAAACCUCAUUGGAUUGUACACUAAGAAUGAGCCUUUUCUUGUGAAACAUUUUCGUUUGGUUUUCCUAAAGCUCUCUGAAUGCUGAGACAUUUCAUUUUGUUGUACGAUUUCAUUCUCCCUCGUUUUCCAAAGCAUGACUGUAGAGUCUCACGAGACUGGCGUAGACUUGGUUCUCUUUUCUCUCGCUCUUUCUACCUCCCCCCAUCUUCUAAAUGUUCAUCUCUUUUGUCUCCUGACAGAACCUCUAAGCAGAUAUCCAUGAAGGGAUCAAACGUUGCUUGUAGAUAUUACUUUCUGUUUCUGGAUGUCUCUGUCUUCAAUAUCUGCUUGUGUGCGUACUCUGAAUGAGGAACGCGUUCUUUCUUUGUCUUCUUUUAGGUUUCAGCCGAACAUUGGACAGAAAAAGACACUCUAAUGGGAGAGAAGCUGUGUUGUACCUAUUGUUCGAUUUGUUGUAUCAAUAUUGAUGAUGAGAAUCCUCAUGUAGAAUAUUUUAUAUUGCUCGCAUUGUAAGACAGUGAGAGAACAGAGGUGCAAUAUGAAAAGAGAAUUCAGCUACUGAAUGGAACCUCAGAAACGGCCCUUAGGGUAUCUUAUAAUAUAAAUAUACAUAUAAAUAUAUCUAAAAUUACCACAGUAAAUUAAUGUGAAUGUACAUAGUAUUUAAAAAGAGGUCCAAAAAUGAGUUUGCCAAAUAACAGAAACCUUUAAAGUAUAAUGUCUAGAAUUUAAUUUCUCUCCAUUUAAUCUUUUCUGUCUGAAUGAUCGUUUUACAACGUCUGUUGUAACAGUGGAGGAGGAAGAGGUGUUCACAUCACUGCUUGUGUAGAUUACUGCCAGAGGACUCUGCUUAUUGACACGCUGGGCUGUACGUUUUUGUAGCCAUAAGCUAUCGAAGCAAAAGGCAUCACUUUAACAACAUGCAAAACCACAAUAGACUGACCUAGCUCGCCCCGCUGAGAAGUUCCCAGACUGGCAUUUGGGAGGGAAGCCGCUAGAAUCUGUGUGAAACAUUGCCAUCCUUUGGGCCAAAGUGUCACUGCAGUGGUCCAAUGUGUCAUUUGCACACACAAACUCACAUGCAUGCACAUACAAUCACAAAACCAAACCCUUGAUUAUCCAUAGUCCAAGUGUCUGACACAAGAAUCAACCAAACACAAUCUGGUUCUUCUGGUUCACAACUGGAUUUCUAAAUUAAUAUAUGAAAUAUCAGCAACACGUGAUCUAAAAACCAGUGAAUUACUAGAACACCAGUCUGAUAUAAUAGGUCUCUCUCUCUCUCUCUCUCUCUCUCCCAUUUUGGAGAGGAUUUUUCAUGAACCAUCCUCCCUUUCCUUACUAGCUACCUCCUGUAAACAAAUCCAAGGCAGUCUGAAUGAAUGAAACCACUAGCAGACAUGCAAAUCUAUCAUCCUGUCCAAGCUAAACAAGACAUUUCAACAUAGAAACUCAAAAAAUGAUAUGUAUAUUUUGUCCACAUUUUCAUGUCUACACAAGUGAUGGGCCAACAAAGUCCUGUUUUUUCAUGGGCUGUUAUACAACAAAUAAAGCCAAAAACACUCUACAGAAGUACAUAGCAAUGCAAAAGCAUGCACUCUUGUGUUGUUGUGUCACUGCGGCAGUAACCAAACUCAAUUCUCAAGGGUGUAAAAGUAAAGUAAAGUUACUUUCAAAUGUCUGUGCUGUUAAACCAGAUGUGUUAUUAUUCAGGUAGCUAACUUUGACAGUUGAAACCAACUUUAACUAACUUGCACAGCAAAAUUCUCUUUAAACUGUUGCUCUGCUAUGACUUUAGUUUACCUGUUUGUAGAAAAAAAGUGUUUACAUUCAUGCCCGCUAUGGCAAGUCUUAGAACUGUUGUGUCAUGAACUGUUCUGACACAUUCAGAAUGCAACAAUGAGUGAAAUUGAGCUUGCAUAGCUGUACUAGCUUGGAAUGUUUUGAGCCCUGAACAUAAAAAUAUCUCAUAAAUAUCCAAAACGAUAAAAGCACAGACCAAAGCAUAACUGCACAUCCAUAGAAGCCGUUUGGACAUUGCGUCGCCUAAAAAAGCAGCCUGAACGUGGGUGAGCGACUACCCAUAAACCAAAGUGUACAAAAUGAUCAUGUUGAAAGCACAAGACGACAGUAAACACAUUAAGAGAAGAAAUCGGUACUAUAAUUCCAAGCCAGAGGAGUGCUUGUUCCUGGCAUCCAAAGCAUCAGAUACGAUUACAAAUGCUUCUAACAUUUAAACCAACCUUGCUCAAAGAUUUCAUUAUGGGAAUGCAUGAGUGUGAGUGAGAGAUAAAAAAAAAAAAUAGAGUGAGAGAUACUUUCUAUUAAUGAUUUUGCUAAGGAACUUACUUGAAUCUCAAGAGCUUUAAAAUAACACCAUUAGCAAAGUUAUGGUAGAGAACUUCCAUAAACUUAUUUUGAGCUUUGCGUGUCUGCUAGUCCAGAACUCAUACAAAUACAUAUUUGCAAUAUUUUUGGCCAUUCUGUUCCUAACCAAAAUCGAACCAAAAACAACACCAUACAAAUACAUCUUUAGUUGUGUGCUGUAAUUCCGCUGUUAUCUGGCAUAUCGAAGGGCCGUCAUUCUCAAAGCAAAUUUGUGGAUGCCUAGAUUUGGUCAGCAUUUGGCCUUAUCAGUGAACCCAAGUUGGGCAGCUGCUCCGUUCAAAGAUUGACAUUGGGAAAGAGAGAGAGAAACUACAUCCUACACAUUAAGCGAACAUACUCUUGAAGUAAAAUGGAUGCUGAAGGAUAACUAGUCUAACAACUUGUUUUUAGUUAUGACCUGAUUAUGUUGACAUCCCAAAAAACAGAAAAGCUUAAACCAGCCUAAGGUCACCAAGCUGGUUUCUGGCUGGGAGACUCGAUACUACCAAAACCAGCUUAAAACAGCUAAGACAAGACCAGCAAACCAUUUCGGGCUGGCUUAAGUAAUUUUUAAUAAAAUAUCCCUGCAUAUCACUCCAGCAUCACUAAUGUUUUUAUUUUCUUCAUGUUUAAUGACCAUACCAUCCACUAAGGCUAAUGGAAAAACUGUAAAAUGGAAACCUUUUAUCACAGAACACACAAGGCUGUAGUAGAAACCAUACACUACUGUAGAACUGAACAUAGCUCUGACUAGCAGAGUGGGCCGGGCAUUGAAAACACAUAUAUGAUAAAUGCCAUAACAGCAAGAUACCUAUUUCUGUACUAACAAAGGCUUGGUUUGAUACAUUUAGGCAAACAUGAUAUACUGUAUUGUGCAAUACAUCAUUAAAGAAAAAGGCAUUGUUUCAAUAGGAAAGGUUGGUGUGUUAAAGAUUUUUUUUUUUCUCUUUCAAGGUCCUGUUAUCAUUCUCUAGAUGAUGUGAACUGUGCCAGGAGAGUUUUAUUUAUUUCUUGCAUGCUCUUUUCCCCCUUUUGCAAUUCCCUCACCCUCUCUUACUGUGCGCUUUCUUGGACAUGUGAAGCUGUAAACAUUCUAAAUCAGGUUAUUGUCUGUGUUGAGAUACGUAUCUGUGUAAUUAAAAAGACAGUGAAAUAUGA